AUGUCCAAGAAUGCCACUCUCGGGCAUGACCCGGUUCCAAGGCAAUUCUGGUUCUUGGUCGGUGGAAACAUGUUGUCGCCGCCUCCGACUUGGGAUCGCCUAGUUGCCAUGACGGAAGGGCGCACCAAGGUAGUACAAGACGCAAAGAAUGAGAAACGAGAAUUCCAGGAGGCGCAGAGAAGGGCCAAACAGGAGCUCGCAGCCGCCAAAAAGGCGUACAAAGACUCCUACAGCGGUGGACUAGCUGCGUGGAAACAGCGCAAGCGCGAUGCAGAAAACGCGAGCGGAGACGACGGAGAUGGAACCGGCCGAGAGGAGUAA